AUGGCCGACGAAGCUGCCGGAGAGGCCAAGCCUUGGGAUGCGGCGCAGUAUGAAGUAGCACUUGGUCAUCUAGCACGACUGCAAGAACAGAUUGAUGGCCUGCGAGCCACUAUCCCAUCCAUAGUAUCUCCUCUGGCAAGCACUGCUAGUGAUAAGGCGACGCUGUUUGCAGCUACCAAAGAYGCCGCGCUGCAGUCUACUUCUCGUCUUCACACAUUUCGAGACGAUUGGAACUCACAGGAGAUCCAGAAUCUCUUCAAAGAGGGAAAAGAGAGCCUGCAAAAAGACACAGACUUGAGCAAAGCCGGUGACGUCCCAAAAUGGGGCUGGGGUGAGGUGAAAGAUGAGCAAACAUGA